CUCUUCAUUCCUCUUCCUCUCGGAUCGCGAUUGUCGCCAUGGGCGAUCACCACCAGGCCUCGAGAGCCGUGGACAAGACCAAGGAUCAAGCCAAGGAUCAGGCCGGGCGCAUCCAAGAACACUCGCGCGGCCUGGUGGAGCGCGUCAAGGAGCACGCGCCCAGCUCCCAGCAGCUCAUCGGGAUCGCGACGCUGGCUCUUGGCGGCCUCACGCUGGCUGCCAUGGGGGGCGCCAUGAUCCUGGCCACCAUCGUCUUCCUCGUCAUCGGCACUCCAAUCUUCCUGCUCUUCAGCCCCAUCCUCGUGCCGCUGGGAAUUCUCGCCAUCGUCGUCACCGGCGGGAUCCUCUCCACCAUCGCCUUCGUCGCCUCUUGCGUCGCGGCCGUCACCUGGAUCUACAAGUACGCGAAAGGGCGGCAUCCGGUGGGCACCGAUCAGAUCGAAGCGGCGCGGCAUCGCCUCAUGGACACCGCCACACAGAUGACCGAGAAGGCGCGCGAGUAUGGAUCCAAUGUCACAGGCUACCUCCAGCAGAAAUCCCAGGACGUCGCCCCAGGCGCGUGAUCUUAUCGAAGAAGGUAUUGGAAGAUUUCUUGUCUACAAGUCGUUGGUCUCGCUUUGUUCUUGGAGGUAUCCAUCCUUCGUGUUCUUCGUGUUCUUGAGGAGCACGAAGGAUCUCUUUGAUUCCUGGAAUAAAUGCCUUGCUUUUCCCCUUUCA